CAGGGCCGCGGGGACGUGUUGGGGCAGAGCUGGGAGGGGAAGCUGGGCGGCCCCUGGACGCCGUGUCCACUUGUGGCCGGCAGUCCCUAUGAGCCUUGGUCCCGACCUCCCCGCCGGCGGCUCUGGUACAAGGCGCUUCUCGUCCUCAUCCUUGGCGGCUAAGGGCGGACUCGGCCUUUCGUUUCUGACAGCUGACGAGUGCUCGCUGUCAGACCCUCGGGGGGCUUUUUGUUCCCAUCAUAAGCGGUUUAGCGAGCGCUAGCAGCCCAGACACAUUGUCCACUUCUCCCUGUAGGGACAGACAGUGAUGGCCCUGUGAUCAAUUGUCACUCUCUUUGCACAGAAAAUGUUUGUGUACUUAUGGGGAUACCUGUAUAGACACUUCUUUCGGUUUUGGGUGAAAUGGAUCUUGAGGCAGCUCACUGGAAAAUGUGAAUUACAACGUAUCCGUGAUGGCUCAAAGGAAGGUUCCCAACGGACACUAAAGAUAGAGUAUUCAUUGGAAUGUUCAAAGAGAAAGGUGUUAAGAAAUGCUGUACAUGUUGGUGAAGCUGAAGUGGAAAAAUGUGUCAUAGGUAUAAUGAAAGAAAAGAAGAUUAAUAUACAGAAGGAUAUAAGUUUUAAGAAAAGCUUGCAGGUAUGUUUGCUGCAGAUAUCUGGUUAUAAGAAACUUUAUUUGGAGGUGGAAAAUCUGAGGAAAGUUCCAUAUGAUUCAGAUAACGAAGAACAUGAAAAGCAACUAAUCCAGCUUUGGAAUUUGCUGAUGCCUCAUGAAAACCUGAAGGCUAGAAUCACCAAGCAGUGGUGUGACAUUGGUUUCCAAGGUGAUGAUCCCAAAACAGACUUCAGAGGAAUGGGCAUGCUGGGAUUAGUCAAUCUGGUGUAUUUUAGUAAAUAUUACACUGGAGAAGCUCGCCAGAUCCUCUCUCGUUCAAAUCAUCCCAAAUUGGGAUAUUCCUAUGCAAUAGUUGGGAUCAAUCUGACUGAAAUGGCUUACAGUUUACUAAAGAGUGGUGCUUUAAAGUCUCAUCUCUACAAUUUGGUCCCUGGAUUGCCACAAAUGGAACACUUCCAUCAGUUUUAUUGUUAUCUGGUUUAUGAGUUUGACAAAUUUUGGUUUGAAGAAGAACCAGAAAGUAUUAUGCACUUCAACUGUUAUAGAGAGAAAUUCCAUGAAAAAGUUAAAGGACUUCUUCUGGACUAUAACUUGGUACUAACCUUACAAAGUACUACAAAGAAACCAUAGCCUCAUCUGCAAUCUGCCCGGUUUUGCUAUAAAAUGGAAUUAUGUAUUCUCAUGGAAUUCUCACACUUAUUUCACCAAAAAAGUUGUUUAAUAAUGGAACUUUUUAUAAAUGUAUUUUUUGGAAAAAAAUCAAAUUCAGUUAUGAAAGCUUGGACAAUCAGCCUCUGUUUACAGGUCUUAUAUGCUAUUAUCCAAAACAAAGCUUUUGUUUAAAAAUAUCCUGUAUUGGAUCUUUUGCCUUCACAACUUUCUUAGAUCUCUUGGUGCAGGAACAUGAAGCAGGUAUUUAUGCUGCAUUAUGUUAUUUCAUACUAGGCUCCUUUUCUACCAUUAACUAUUGAUUAGUUGUCGUUCAGAGUGUAAACUGCUUUGCUUUUCGACUUCUCAAAUCCAACCCCCCCCCCAUUUAUUUUUUUAGCUUCUGGUCCAUAAAAAUGUUAAACUUCAUUGUAUAAGGAGGUCCAUGAAGAUGAUGUAACAAUUAUUUGUCACUUAGAAGAAGAGGCUCCAUUUAUUUGUGCUUACACACAAGAACAAACAUUGCAGACUAUUUCCAGUUCAAAUAAUCCUCCCUCCAGGAAAUAAACACUCUCAUCCUUGGGCUUGGAAGGAACUUCACUCAAAAAUAGUUUGAGUCCCUCACUAAGAGAGUCCCUUUUAAUGACACCUUUCAUGUCACAUGCUGUCAUGGAUAGUUUCAGCUCACAAUCCUUCUCCUUGUUUAGGCUACAGUUUUUCUGGCUAUCCCUCUGAUUUUCUGUCUUUUACUGUCCCAUUCUUUUUAUCAGUUACCAAAACGUUUUCUGAAGGAGUGGUAUGUAGGAGUAUGAUGUACCUCUUUUGGUGGUUUGUUCAUUGUUUCCUGCAAAAUUUUGUUGCAGCAAUAAUCCAUGAUCUGUGAAGAUAAUUGGAACUCUUCUUCCCUUUAUCCACACUUAACUCUCAUAUUAAGGAAGUAUCUUGCAUGUAUGAGUGCAACUUUAAUAGCAUAACAGUACUGUAUGUUUCCAGAUUUUGGCAUUUUAGACAAUCCAGGCACUAGGAGCUGGUACCUAGAGCAGUUUGUGAUUACUAAGCAUUGUUUAAAAUGUUAAACAGGCUUGGCAUUAACUUUGUUUUUUAAAACCUAGUAUUUAAAUAAAGUGCCUUCUGCUUAAUCCACUCUUUAAUUUGACCCUCCAUUUAACCUAAGCAGAACCUCAGUUCUUUAGGGGCAGAAACUGUAUCAUGUAUGCUUGAAUAUCACAUAGUGGCUGCUAUCAUGAUACAGAUACUA